CUUAUUCGCGGAAUUCCUGUUCAUAAUGGUACACUAAGCAGCUACUGAUCUGCAAACAGGAACUAGAAACUACUUUCUCUAGUUUUUAUUUACAUAAUGGAUGAAUGAGAGUUUUUGAAAUUAUGAAAAAAUAAACUAUUAAAUUUUAAAAGGACUGAAAGCAUGGUAAAUCAAAUCACACCUGAUCUUCAGGUUCGAAGCCUACCAUACAGGGCGCUACGUCAGUUGGCAGAACUGCUUGAUAUACCUGGUCCACAUGACUGGAAAAGCCUAAUCAGUGAACUUCCAAGUGGUGCCUAUACACGUGGCCAGAUUGCGCAAUUUGAAAAAGAAAAUUACAGACCAGGGGGCAGUGCAGCAAUGGCAUUAUUAACAGAUUUUGGUCAUCAGUUAAUGACAGUUGGAGAACUGGCAGCGUACCUUGAAUUAAUAGAUCACCAAGAAGCGUUGUUGAUUGUGAAGCCUCAUGAACCAGUGACAAUUACCAAACAGCCAUCUCCGGUUAUCGUUCAAGAAUCACAAGAUGCUUGUAUUUCCUGUGAGGCAACAGGCUUUCCUCGCCCACGUUAUCAAUGGUAUAAAUAUCAAAACCCACUUACUGGAAAAUGUACACCAGUACUGAAAUUUAAAGAUGUCACUAUAGACGCCAGUGGUGACUACUAUUGUAAAAUCACAAAUCCUAUUGGCUCCGAAUAUACUGAGGUUGUAAACGUACAAGUUACGCCACUGAUUGCACCAAUUAUUAAUGGGACUACUGGCCCUGAAGAUGUAUAUUCAAGAACCUUUUCUGGUAUGAAAAUUCAGGAUCCCAAUGGGUUUCCAGAGGAGACAGUUAUAAUGUACGUUGGACAAUACUUUGUUCUGUCAUGCGACACAGAUGCACAAAGCUAUCAGUGGUAUAAAAAUAGCUACCCUAUUGCAAAUGCAACUAAUCGUAAUCUACUCUUUAACGAGUUUCAACUUGCUGAUGAAGGACAUUAUUCAUGUAAGGUGAAUGUGAACGGAAAAGAAAUUGUCACUCGUCUUGCACAUUUGAAAAUUGGCAACCCACCUCUACCUAUGCCUCAACCAGUCAACAAACUUGUAAAUCAAGAAUUUGCUACUGCUAAAUUAGCUUUAGUUAUUGCAAAUCAAAAGUAUCAAUUUCCACGAAAUGAAUCCGAAAUAUUAGUUCAUCCCAUCGACGAUGCAAAACUUUUGUCUGCUACGCUAGAAAAAAUUGGAUUCAAAGUCACCUGUUUGGUAAAUUUAACGAAAAAAGAAAUGGAAGCCGCAAUACAGGGUUUCUGUAAGUUACUGGAAUGUGCGAAAGGCGUAUACUCGUUGUUCUAUUUUUGUGGUCAUGGUUUUGAGGAUCAUGGAAAGACGUUCCUAGUUCCCAUUGAUGCAACAAACAAAUGGACUUCAGAUGUUGCUUUGUCAGCGGAAUAUGUUUUAUCAGAAAUCCAGCAUUGUAGAGCCACAAAACUUGAUGUUGUUCUACUGGAUGUGUGUCGAAUCAAAUCUGGCGGCGACCAAAUGUCAAAUGGGUUGAGAGCAUUUGAUCCCCCUUUUUUGGCUGGAGCCCAAUGUGUGUUUGGAUAUGCAACGUGUCCACAAUCACAAGCUUUCGAGAAACGACGUGAUACAAAUGGUAUAUAUAUGAAACAUUUGGCGCGUCAUUUGACUGAGAAUAUUGAAAUAGAAAAAUUGCUACAUAAAGUUGGUAUCACUGUUCGCGAAGAAGCUGAACGACAUCGGAUCACAAACACAAUGUCACCUACCUACAAAUCAACGACAACUAAGGUGUUUAGCUUGUGUGAUAACAUUCUUCCUCCAGCUGGCUUUCUGGAUGAACGUGAUCCUACUAUUGAAUGGUUUGACUACCACAGGUUACCGUCCAGCCAAUCAAUUUCAUUCGAACAUGGCGUUGAAAUUGAGAUGAGAUUUCUACCAGUGUGUUCGAAUAUAUGUAAUGUUGUUAUCCACGUAGCUAGCAUGGGCGAAACCACGUGUUGUGAUGCCAAAAUCCUUGAAGUGUGCGAGGACUUAGAAGCACCAGUUGAUUCAAUGAACAGGGAAAUCUCUGUGUUACCAGAAUAUUUUUCAAAGAGUCUACCCUUUGACAGUAAGGAGACAUCUAUGGAAUCUGAAAGACCAUCAGGAAUUGAAAGAUGGACGCAAGUAUCUGGUUUACAAAAGCUUACUGGACCAUUCGCCGUUACUAUGAAAAUUGAAUACAUAUAUGGCGACCCGCAUGAAAUCAAACACAGUUUCAAGAAACAAAUCUUUAGAAACGAUGAGUUUGGUAUCGUUUCAUUCUUCAACACUUUUUGAUUUGGUAUGAUUUUUUGUAGAGGUAAAUGGUUUUAUCCAUUGAACGAAACAUGCUUCUCAGUCGAAAGAAUUUUCGCGUCGAAUCCAUCGAGAUGACUAAGAGUAAAGCCAUGCAUACAUAAACAUUUAUAUUUAAUAAAAAACAGUACUACCUACUAAGCACAUCAAUUGUUGUGAACAUAAAUUAUUGUUGCAUAAAUUAUUGCGAACAUAAAUUAUUGUCGCAUAAAUUAUCGCGAAUGUAAAUUAAUGCGGUUUUUGUUCAAAAUUUUUGUGAACCAAGAUAAUACACCUUUCCCGAAUUUUAUAAAUUAUAAUAAUUAUGACAAAUUUUUGUAAUGAUUCUGUGCUCUCCAAAUAAGGAUAUUCAGAUAGAAUAUUAAAUUAUCAUGGAAAAAUGUAGUUUUUAGAGCAAUAUAAUAUUCUGAUUGGAUUUUAUUUAGAUUUAAAGAAAAAAUUAUUUUGAAGACGAAGCUAUUCUUGAAAAGCUCGGCUAUAUAAAGGGUUUGACCUUAACUUUCAGCUCGGAAUUGAGGCACUUAGCGAACACAAAUAUUUACGAAAUUAGGUAAUUUGUUCUACUUUAUGCUAAGGAACUUAGGGAUAAAAAUCAUUUUUAGUAUCGACCUCUUUAAAUGACUUUGGCAUAAUUAGGAAAUUCUGGAAAGGUCUAUCGCAAAAUUUAAAAAAAUAGUAAUCCAUACGAACAAUUUGAAUGUUAAUUGUAGAUUAUUUAAGUUUAAUGGGAAUAAAAAAACUCGUAUCUAUCGAAACGGUAAAGAUUCUUUACAUGAAAUGCAGGGUACUCAUAAAAAUAUUUUUAUUGAGAAGAAAACGUCUGUAAAUGUUGAUAAAAAUUAAUAAAAUAACACAAAUUUAUGCAACAAAAUCAUAAAAUUAUUGUCAAAUCGCAAAAAAUUAUGUUUCAAAAUCAUAAAAUUAUUGUCAAAUCGCAAUAACUUAUGUUGCCAAAUCAUAAAAUUAUUGUCAAAUCGCAAAAAAUUAUGUUGCAAAAUCAUAAAAUUAUUGUCAAAUCGCAAUAACUUAUGUUGCCAAAUCAUAAAAUUAUUGUCAAAUCGCAAAAAAUUAUGUUGCAAAAUCAUAAAAUUAUUGUCAAAUCGCAAUAACUUAUGUCGCAAAAUCAUAAAAUUAUUGUCAAAUCGCAAUAAAUUAUGUAACAAAAUCAUAAAAUUAUUGUCAAAUCGCAAUAACUUAUGUUGCCAAAUCAUAAAAUUGUUGUCAAAUCGCAAUAAAUUAUGUUGCAAAAUCCUAAAAUUAUUGUCAAAUUGCAAUAACUUAUGUUGCCAAAUCAUAAAAUUGUUGUCAAAUCGCAAUAAAUUAUGUUGCAAAAUCCUAAAAUUAUUGUCAAAUUGCAAUAACUUAUGUUGCCAAAUCAUAAAAUUAUUGUCAAAUCGCAAUAAAUUAUGUUGCAAAAUCAUAAAGUUAUUGUCAAAUCGCAAUAAAUUAUGUCGCAAAAUCAUAAAAUUAUUGUCAAAUAGCAAUAAUUUAUGCCACAAAAUCAUAAAAUUGUUGUCAAAUCGCAAUAAUUUAUGUCACAAAAUCAUAAAAUUAUUGUCAAAUCGCAAUAAAUUAUGUCGCAAAAUCAUAAAAUUAUUGUCAAAUAGCAAUAAUUUAUGCCACAAAAUCAUAAAAUUAUUGUCAAAUCGCAAUCAAUUUAUUUUGCUCCUUUAAAUCGCAUUACUUUAUGUGGCAAUAAUUUUGUCUGCAACAGUUUUGUCCUUAAGGUAUCAAUCUUCCAUUAUUAAUAAAAUGCAUUCUAGGAUACUUUAUUGUUAUUAUUUAAAUGUUUUUUUUGUCCGUGAUUCAUGAUAUUUUAAUUAGGACUCUCCGAUAACAAUUAAUUUGUCAAUCAGCUCUCUUAUUUUCUGAAAUGAAUUUUGGAAUUUGUGAGAGUUUUAUACCUAAAAGAAAAAUGAGUAAUUAAUAUAUGUUACUUGUUGUUUUUGUUAACCUAAGUCUUUCUUUAAUGUGUAGUUUCAACUGCUUCACACAAUAUUGUGCAAUCACUUGUAGGAACUUUUGUACAAUUCUGUACGAUUACAAGAAAAAGGAUAUAAAUAGUUCACAUGUUUGUUUAAAGCUUACCUCCCGAAAAACAAUCAGUUGAUCGGUUGGCAAGAUUUUUAAACUUUUUAUGACGAUGCUAAUUAAUGGCAUGAUAUAGUGUAUUAGAAAAACUGAGGUGCUGUUUUAAGGAGUUACCAAGGUAUGUGGUGAUGUAAGCAUGUUUCACAUGUCAGGUUUGGUAUUUUAAACAUAUUUACAUAAUUUAUUAAUAAUUAGUUACCCUGAUUAUCCUUUUUACCAGCAAUUGUUUCUUACUUUGCCAUUAUUCCGCAUAGCUAGCUCAUCUUUCUAGACUUACAUCUCGGAAACCAAUAGAUUUUUCAAAAAAAAAUAAAAAUUCAUAGACAACUUUUAAAGUUCUUUUAUAUGAAAUCGACUUUCUUUUUACGCAGGAGGUGAGCUUUGAAUGCACAAAGAACAAAAGUAGGUGCGAAAAAAUACAUUUUAUAUCGUUGUUACAUCUCUACAAUAUCUUGUACAAAAAAUAUAUACAACUUGUCGGUGGCCCGUGAAAGAGUCACGAGUUCUCCUGUUCUUUUUAUACCACAUUGCGUGCGUCUCGCUGCUUGCGGUACCAUUUUGCGUGAGAGACAUACAGACGUAUACGGGUAAUUUAAUAUACAAUUGUUCACAAUUAAGUGUGUAUAAUGUUGUGUAGCAGUAGGAACUACCCUUAAGUAUUUUGUCAUAUAUUGUCAGUGUUUUAUGUACAUCAUAUAUUUUGUAAAUAAUAAUAUUAUACGCACCGGAGUUACUCUGGCAACACGCCUUUAUAAGCAACUCUAUUUUUUAUAUUAACCUUAGUUGCCAAGAGUAAAAUUUUGAUCUUAGCAGCCGCAGUUGGCUGGGCGUACCAUUUUUGUUUUCGGCUUAAAAGGUACUAAAUCUAAUAUUCAUAUUUCACAAGAUUAUGCUUUAAUGUUAUUAUUUCUUACAAAAACAAAAUACUUUUCAUUCUACUAAAGGACGGUUUUGUAAUUUGCUUCUUUACCCAGAUUUUAACCUUAACGCUCCACAUUCCCAGCCUGACUAUUUGAUUAGCGUUUUGCUAGUUUUUGACAACAAGUGGCAGCCUCAGCUCUUAACAACUCGGUUUCUAAAAAAAACCUCUAUCGCCCUGCUUAUUAUUUUGUCUAUUUAAGUUGGAACUUAUUUGGGAUGUAGAGUCAAUUGAAACAGAACUCAUAUAACGUACACUGUAAAUUAAUAUUAAAGGUAUUACUUCCACAGUUUCAAA